AUGGGAGAUACUAAUGAAAGGUCGUGCCUUCCUAUUUUUGCCAGGAUCAUUGCGACACUCAUAUUCGUCGUCAUGUUCUCUCUCACGUUUAGAGGGGCUCUGCCCAUAUUGCUUGGCAAUAAUCAAACCAGCCAUAUAUUCGACAAGACCACUCAACUUAACGAUGGAAAUGUCCCAAUAGCCGGAAACACUGACCCUCCUGUGCCGAUCGAGAGCACACCAACCAACUCAUUCGAUACUAGAUUUGUUACCAGGUUAGAGAUCGAACAUCAGUUGACACCUGACGAUACCAGCAUGGACGAUGAAGAAUUCGCACCUGUGACGACCAGCAUUACUGUUGACAGACCGAUUGUAGAAGCUAACAGUUCUACCCUAACAACUCCAAUGACGUCUUUGGACAUAGAACCUGAAUUGUCCCUUUCGACAGUACAUUUUGGACCUUUCAGUCCCAAAUUGGAAGAUAUUCCUUUACUCGGCGAGUUUAUCUUAAUAAAAGACCUAGGUGUUUUUCUACCUGAAGACCGAUCUGGGUACACCAUUCCAAAUCUCGAAGAUGUUGCUCUUCUCCCCAUGGACAGUAAAACUGCAGUGGCCACUUCGAUAGAGCCCCAACUAAACGAAAAUAAGAACAAUGAAUUCGUUGUUACAGCUGAUGAAUCUGCUCUUUCCACUCUGGUUAUUGAAGUUGUUUUGCUACACGACAAUCAAGGAGUCACAUUUCAAAUGAAACAAACAUCUGCUGAAACUCCUACUACAACAACACUUGCUUUACCUAGUUUCGAAGUUGAAGCGGAUGAAGUAACUCCAGAAAUAAGUCCGACUCUUGAGCGGUACGAAGAUGUGUCAAACGACUUAAUUCUGCAGACAACCGUUCCGGUCAGUGCUGAUGAAAUUCUUAAUACUGCAGUUUUACCUUCAUCGAGGGCGACGGCAGUUAUAACGAGACCAGCUCCGUUUCCCGAUUUUGUAUUUUCACCGAAAAAUCGCCCUCUUCGACCGGUAAUCACGGCAGAGAAAGUAUCGGCCCAACAUAGUUACGAUUUCUUCACGGAGCGCGUCAGUUACGCAAAAAGCGUUGAAAUUUGUCGUCAGAUCGGCCAAGGAUCGCGUUUACUUUCGAUCCAAGCAGCGCAUGAAGAACGCAUCGUAGAUGCUUACGUGAAAUCCCAUCAGAAAGAAAUAUUUGGAUAUGCCGAUGAAUAUUCGCGAUACGUUUGGACGGGUGGUUAUUUUGAUUUGGAAUCCCACCUACCAUACGAAUUGCGCUGGGUCGAUCAUCCGACACCAACGGAAGCCUCCUCUUUCUGGAACUUUUGUCCAGAAUCGAAAGAUGUCCAGUUGGUGAUCGACCAGGCUUUAUCCUUAUUGAAAGCCCAAACAUCCGGAGCGUCCAAUCUGAAUCCCUGCGACCGGCGCUGGGCUCACGUCAUUCUGGAUUUUACUGGCCACCGUAUCGGUCGCAGUUGCUGGCAAAUACUCGACAGAGACAUCCUGUCAGCUGACGGCUGGAAGCUACCUUUUAUCUGUAAGAGAUAAAAAAAAAAGUCCGUUUUUUUCAGCUAUGUUUACUGCUUGAAAUUACAGCAAACAACACAAUAACUGUUUGAAUUGAAUAAAACAAUUGGAGAAAACAA